GCAUCGGUGUUUCACGGCGCGGCGUCUUAUGCUAGUGUACACAGGGCGAUAUGGAGAACUCAAAGAAGGAAGAAGUGGGAGUUUGUUUGUUUUGGCAAUGUACUAUGUUGUAUUAGGGUGGAUUGGGUUAGUUUCAUUAUUACGUAUUAGUUAUUAGUUAUUUAUUUGUUGUUGUUUUUUUUGGGGGGGGGGGGUUCAAAUCGUCCAGUUGGUGGCGGCAAUACAAUUUUGUUGGUGUAGACCGCAAUAAAACUCACAGAAGGAGCUUUCCUGAAGCUUGAUCAUGCCACGCCUGUCCGAUAGGUGGAAAUACUCACAUUGUGUAAUAACAUUAAUGUAUCCAAUUUUCCGGCAAAGAAGAUGAUGUCAACAGUCUUGUCUGAAAAUAUCAAAUGCUAGCUCAUAUGGCCUAUUAACGUAGCUAUUUAGCUAAUUAAACGGAUAACUUGGUCGAUAGAUGAAAUGUGGAGGUUGAACGCAGUCCGCCACAAGGCUGGACGUCAGGGCAGCGACUUGGAGGAGUUCAAGUUCAAGAGACGAGYACAUGAAAAAGAGUUGAGACGGGCCCGGAAGGACAGCCAGCUGGUCAGCAAGAGACUCCUGCUGAAUGAUGAUGAUGAUGAUGAGGAGGAGGAUGGCACCAUGGACACACUGGCCAGCGAUCAGGUGGUAGAGUUGUUCAAGAUGGUUCGCCACGGCAGGGACUUGGUGAAGAAAGAGGCUGACCUAAGAGCGCUGAGGAAAGCCCUCCGCAGCCCYUCAGCCCACCUCAUCCUUAUCAAGCAGCCGAACAGUAUUGCGAUCCUGGUGACUAACCUCUGUGGCCCCAACCCUCAGUGUCGUCUGGAGGCUGCCCGCUGUCUCCACGAGCUGUCCCACUCCCCCCACAGCGAGGUGGACUCGUUGAGGCUCCGACAGGCCACACCCUACCUGAUCACCUUCCUCUCUGGACAGAGCCCCAAGUUCACUGAGCUGUGUCUCUACACCCUGGGUAACAUGUGUCCAGACAGUGAGAAUGUGAGAGAUAUGCUUCUAGCUCAGGGCAUCAUACCUGCUUUGAACAACUGCAUCCAGAUCCACAGGACUAACCUGGCAGUGGUUGAAGCAGUGGGGUUCACCCUCUCCCAGCUCAUCUCAGCGAACUACGUCACAGGGAGAAUCAUCCCGGCAGUCUUGGCGUCUGGUUUGAUCCCUCACCUCCUCUCAGUGUUGACCCUUGACUCUCAGUUUGGCCUGGGACCAGUCAUUGAGUGUUCCUGGUGCCUGCACUACCUGGCCUGCAGCAACGUGGACAAUGGGGCACUGGUGGCUCAAGGUACUCUUCUACGUUGCACUUCCCUCUUGGUGACACUUGGUGGUGUUGUUGCUAAAGGAAGUAUAGAGGAGGGAAUGGAGCUGUUGAUCUGGCCCCUGCUGCGCUGUGUGGGGAACCUGCUGUUAUCUGGGCCCCUGGGGGCCCUGCAGCCCCAGCUAAACGAUAGCCGUCUCCUGGCUGCUCUGUGUGCUUUUCCUCAGGCCUUCCUCCAGACCCACCCAGCCCUGGCCARAGAGAGCGUCUGGGUCCUCAACAACCUCACAGCUGCUGCAGACUCCAGUAUGUUCUGUUCUGCCCUGUUCUAUCUGAAUCUGGUUCCUGCUCUGAUCCAGCUCCUGCCCUUCUCCCAUGGCAUUAACAUCAUGGUGCUAAGGGUUCUGGGUAACAUUGCCCAUCAGGGGAGAGAGUACUGUCUCCACCUGGCCCAAGCUGGCCUGCUGCCUGCUCUCUGUGCCACACUCAAGAUGGCCGACCCUGAGGUGGUGACCUUUAGUCUGGAGGUGCUGGGCCAGCUGAUGGCCAGUGACCCACAGCUUGCAGAGGAGUUUGUGAGGCAGAGUGGGCUCCCCGUGCUGGAAGCCAUCCAGUAUAGCAACCAGGAGACGAUCCGCCUCAGAGCAACACACCUGCUGGAACAUCACCUGCCCCCACACUGCACGGUGGAUACCUCUGCAUCCCCGUGAGGAGCCUACAGAACGGCAGUGCCUCAAAACCAAGACUUCCAAAUGUUUUAAACAGGUCUACUCAGAAAACCUACUAGUACAUUUCAAGUUUUUAUUAAAUUAUGUGAAGAUGCUCAAAUGUAAAUAUGUGCUGGAUAUCAAUAGGAUGUUAUUUUUUACACUGCGAUAAUAAAAUGCCAAAUUAUAGCAACAGAA